CACAGGAAGUCAGGCCAGUGUGUAUCAUGAGUUAUACAACCGUGGGUUUACUGUGAAGGGAGGGGGUGAAUGUAGCAAGUAUUUCACACAAGAACAAAUUAUAAAAUUUCGGAGAUGGACGAGGGAGGGAAGAUGAAAGAAGCGAUCAACGAGGUGAAGGAAGAUCCACAGGAGUUGAAAGAAGGGAAGGAAGUGGUCCAGGAGGAGAAAGAUGGGAAGGAAGGAGACCUCUCGUGGGUCAACACCUUCGAGGACCUGUUGGAGGUAGUGGGCACCAACGGCCGCUGGAAUAUCCUUAUGUUCAUCAUGUGUGUCACCUCGAUGACGAUAUCGCCGCUACAAACUUUGUCCUACCAGUUCCUCGGGGCGACACCUGACUACUGGUGCCACAUCGCCCCCCUGGUAGAGGCCAACUGGACGGACCAACAGAUACUCUCCCUCGCCAUUCCUUACAGCAACUCUACAGGGUAGUAUGAAGGAUGCCAGAUGCGCAACUACAACUACACGGCUGCGGCGCUGCUGGGAUACGAAGCCACCAUGAAGGACCCUUCCGUCGUACAGCAUGGGAACACCACCAGCAUCAUCAAAUGCUCAGCCAGAGACUUUAACCACUCCCAGUACUCCUCCACCGUCGUCACUGAGUGGGACCUGGUGUGUGAGCGUCGGGUGCUCUACUCUACCACCCAGGCCGUGAUGCAGGGAGGCAAGAUCGUCGCUUAUCCUAUCUUUGGCUACCUUAUUGAUGCGCUUGGACGUCGUCCAAUAGUGCUGGUGUGUGUGGUUAUCAACAUCCUGGCUGGCUUCUUGGUUGCUGCCUCGCCCACUGUCGAGGUUUAUAUUCUCCUUAAGCUCAUUGUCUCCGCCACUGACGCCGGGACGUAUCUUGGGAUCUUCGUGUUUGUUAUGGAGACGUGCGCUACCAAAUACCGAGCAGCAGUGGGUUGCCUUGUAGGAAUACCGUGGGCCAUAGGAUACAUGAUAACCCCUGGUAUAGCCUAUCUGGUGCGUCCUUGGAGGUGGCUCCAGUUUGCCUACGCCUUGCCUUCCCUCUGCUGCAUCAUCUACUUCUGGCUGUUACCAAAGUCACCCCGGUGGUUGAUUACUGAGGGUCGCUUUGAAGAAGCUCUGAAGAUCAUGACCAAGAUCGCUAAGGUCAAUCGGAAACCGCUACCUUCUGACCCCGUCGUCCUCGCUGCUAUGGAGAACAUCGUUAAGCAGGGAUCUCGGGAGGAGGAGGAAGACCAGACCGACAGAGAGGCCACCAUCAUGUCUCGCUUCCUGGCAGUCAUAAAGCAGGUCGUCAUCUUGCUGACUAUACGCCAGCUUAGACUCAGAACCUUGGUCGUGUUCUUCUGUUGGUUCGCUGCCUCCAUGGUCUACUAUGGUAUCGCCCUCAAUGCUACAAACCUCAGCACCGAUCCAUACCUUUACAUCUUCCUGGGAGGUCUAUUGGAGGUGCCAUCGUACCUGAUCUUGUGGCCGGCACUCGUGUACAUAGGGAGGAAGAAGUCCCUGGUGGCCCUAUAUCUUAUAGGUGCCGUCUGUAUCUUUGCCGUGAUGGCAAUAAUGCUUGUAUAUCCUGGAGGAGAGCAGGUAGCCAAGGUCUUCUUCUCACAGAGCGGGAAGGUGGCGAUAUCAGCGGCCUUCCAAGUAGUGUGGAUGUACACGGCGGAGCUCUUCCCUACCAAGUACCGCUCUUUAGCUGUGGGGGAAGCCAGCUUCUGCGCACGCCUUGGCAGUAUUUCGUCACCGUAUAUUAAUGAUAUUCUGGGAGGUUACACCGUAUGGGCACCGGCGGCGCUAUUCGGGACAGUCUCUCUUAUCUCCGCGGUGCUGUCACUCUUCCUGCCAGAGACAAGACACUGCACUCUGCCGGAAUCCAACGAUCUUUUUUCCAAAAAGAAGGACAAGGAGGCAGACAGAGGAGGAAGCAAGGAAACAUCCCUGGAGGAUGUGAGUCAGGGGGUGAUCAACCAGUCAUACAACACAGACUCCCUGUAGUCUAGUGGAUAAGGACAAAAUCGUGCUCCUUUUGUUACAAGUAUGAGACAAAAUCGGGCACUUCUUGAUACAAGUAUGGGACUUGGAAUACAGUUACUAUGACCCAUAAAGAUUGGGAUGUGGACAGCGGUGGCGGCCAUUUUUUGAAAAUGGCCGUUUCGCCCAAGUAUAAUUGGCAAUAUUUCGCUUAAUAUGUGACCUACAGAUGUACUUUUUGGUGUUAAUAUCCAAGUUUUUAGGGUUAAGGAAUACAGUAAAGCCAAUAUUUUCCA